GAGAGGAGCUCCACGCAUGCGCACACAGAUGAGAACGCUGUCACCGUGAUUUUCGUAAACUCCCGCCUUCAGGCUGAUUAUACAGGAAAGGCGGAGUUCCUAAGCAUGCGCAGUACGGACAAGAGGCUAAGGAUGGAUUUUUCAUCCGCUCGCUUGGCUAUUUUGAAGGUGCUGGAGGGUGCGCGCGGAGAAGAGGUGCCCCGCCUAUUGCAUUGGAUGAGAACAACCAAUGACUUUGAUGAAUUUAGCUCCACUAAUGAUGAUGUUCUUCUCAGAAGCAUUGCUGAAGAUCUUCGACAUUUUUUGCCCACUGAUGGAAUGCUUGCUUCUGAACACUUUGCCAUUGAAAAACUACAUCAGCAAACAAAACCCACUGUGCAUGUUGAUGCAUUCCUUUAUGAUGAAGAAAUUAUUGAUUCCUUAUGUGAAGAAGGAAAAAUGAGCAGAAACUAUUGCCUGACUUGUGGUUCUCAUCAGACAGCACCAUUAGAGUUCAUUUCUCAUUCAUUUUCUUUCAUGGAACUGAAAUUCCUUUACCGGCAUGUUCUACCCGAUUUGACAGGGAAGGUUGUGGUUGAUGUUGGCUCCAGGCUUGGUGCAGUGCUGUUUGGGGGCUACUUUUACAGCUCAGCAUCUCAGAUCUAUGGAGUUGAAAUGAAUGAAGAUUUUUGCCACUUGCAAGAAGCUAUUGUUGCCAAAUACCAACUCAAUGGAAGAAUAAAGGUGCUUAAUGCAGACAUACGUACCCAGGCUUCACUUCUUCAGAAUGCUGACGCUGUCAUAAUGAAUAAUGUAUUUGAAUAUUUCCUUGACAAAGAGGAACAGGCCAGAUCUUGGGAAUUUAUCAGUCAAAAUGUAAAAAAGAAAGGAACAUUACUGGUCACAGUUCCAAGUCUUGAGGAGUCUUUAUCAGAUCUUCAGGUGAACAUUCAGCUCAGCCAGUGGGUAGAAGCAAUGCCAUUACUCUAUGAUGUAUUCUUGGAGGAAGAUGCUGAUAAAGAAGCACUUAAACAAAUUUAUUUGUAUAAGAUUCUAUAACAUAAAUACUUAUUCAAACUGUAGAAUUGUGGUUUAUACUGCAGUCUUUUCUUUUUUAAUGGCAAUGGGUACAGACUGCAGUCCUUUCUGGGGAUGUAAAAUGAAAAGGCAGAGAAGUGAUAUGCACUCUUGGUUAUGUUAAAGAGCAUCUAUAUGGUUCCUUUUAAUUGGAAGUCCAUACUCAACAAAAAAUGCUGCUGUGCUAUGCUAUUUUUCUACAGAUUUUGUCUUUUUUAUUCUUAGAUGCUGAAAUAAUAAUGUUUAGUUUUUAUGUGUAUUUUUGUCUGCUGCUGUUUUAUGUCCACUUGCUUUUUUAAUAUACAUUUUUAGAUAUUUUUGUUACCAAAUUGUGUUAACAUUUUUGUAAGCCACCUUGGUAGUAUCUCUGCAAGGUUUUUUAAUUUUAAAAUAAAUAUUGUAUACUCUAAAA